CAAAAACAUAAAAUAAAUCUUAAAUUAAAAAAAAAACCUGAUCUUAAAAGAAAACAGUAAAAAGGAAGUUUUACUUAAGCUUUUACAGCGUACCUCAUUUUUCGAUUAAGAUUACUCUAUCAAAAUAUCUUAUAAUUAGAUUAUCCCUCUUAUACAACUCAACUCCUCUAUUAAAGUCUCUCACUAAAAUAAAAAAUCUAUAUUUUACCUACAAGAAUGCCCCACUUCCCUGAAGAAAUUGAAUAUAGUGACAAGUAUACUGAUGAAUAUUAUGAAUACAGACAUGUGAUUCUGCCUAAAAAUGUAUUCAAAAAAAUACCCAAAAAUAAAAUUCUUACAGAGGCUGAGUGGAGAUCUCUUGGCGUAUAGUAAAGUAGAGGAUGGGUUCACUAUGAAAUUCAUAGGCCAGAACCCCACAUUCUGCUUUUCAGAAGACCUAAGGGCACUGAUCUCACUACUGGCGCUCCUCCACCUAACUUCAGAGCUCCAUACUGA